AUGAAUAAAGACGCGGAUGAAUACCAGAAUCAAAAGAAGGAAAGGAAGCAAAGAAGCGGCAGCGGUCCCACCACGACCCCGCCAGCUGGGAAAUCGAAAAUUAGCCGAAAGGAGACGCAGCGUGCGCUGCCAAAGCCCAGUCAGAAAGAGCCCAAGGAGAGCAAGACUCCCGUCCCCAAGAAAACUGUAGAAGCUCCUGCCCGGCGUACCGAGAAGUCGGAGUAUACGCAGUUUGAGAAAACGCCGCCGCGGCCGACUCACAUCCCGGCAGGCACCCCCGAGGAAAAGGCGAAGAGCACCCCUAGUGGGGCGGCGUUGAAAACCUGUGAUGACAAGCUGAUUCCAGCUCAAAAGACAACGUCGGGGAACAGCGCGAAAAAGGUGACGAAGAGGAAACACAGCAUGGAGCAAGAAGAGAAGACAGACUUCGAGCAAACCGCUGAUCCGGCCAGGCCGGCAAUUGCCAAAGCGCCCAGGCCGGCCGGUGAUGCGAUUGAGGCUAUGAAGCGGCUUGAGGCGAAGCGCGCUCGCCGUCUUGCGCGCAAAGCACGAAAAGCAGCGCUGCUGAAGGAGGGAGGCGCUCCCCCGACAGUGACCGGUGAUGACGAUGAAAUCUCUCCGCCAAGUGACCUGUCGAAUAAGUUCCUCAACAUACAAGAGGGAACGCUCAAGUCCUGCAUGGAAACUUUGGAUCCGACCGUGAAUGGUUCCGGCAAGGAAAAGACCAAGAACGCCGAUCAGACCAAAGAGGAAAGGAAUUCGGGCAAGGAGAAGCGCUUGGAAGGAGCCAAAAUUGAAAAGAAAGACGACCUUUCGGCAAAAGCCAAGAAGCAGCUGGGCGUCGAGAAGUCGCCACUAAAGACCGAACAGACCAAGGAUGAGAGGACAUCGGGCAAGGAUAAGGCGCACGACAAAGACAAGACUGAAGCGGCGAAGGAUCAUUCGGGCAAGGAGAAGGUCCUUACAUUCGCGCUGUUCUAUAUGGAAUUACAGAAGCGCGAGCAACAGGAGGGGAAGGAGAACAACUCGGGCAAGGAAAAGAAGCAGACUGACGCUGAGAAACCGCAGACCCCUGAGAAGGUGCACGACAAGACCAGAAAGGACGAAUUCCCCGCGUCGACGACCUUG